AUUGAUAUCGGAUAUGCUAUGACCAUUAGUGUCCGUUUCGAUACAAAGUGUGUAGCGGACUAUCCGUUAGGCGUUAGUAGUAAAUAGUUUGUCGUGUCUACCAGUCGAGCCAGUGACGAGUAGCGAAAAUAGAUAAAUCCAACGAAAAUGACAAAGGCGCAGAAAUCUGGUCUCCCUCGACUGGAAGCCCUGGAGAGGGUUUCCCAUAUACCGAUUGUGGAGUCCGGGAUCGAAAUGACAGAGAAAAUCUAUUCCAGAAUUAAGGAAUCAAACCCAUUGAUUCGUUGGUAUAUGUCGUUUGGUGAGAAGUCUUUGGCCACUGGCGUCCAGCUGGCCUUACCAGCGGUAUAUCUUCUGGGGACGCCUAUACAUCAGCUAGACAGAUUCCUCUGUAUGUCGCUGGAUGUCGUGGAGAAAAGGGUGCCAUCGAUAUAUCUGCCACCUCAAGCCUACGACCGUUGCCAGAUGUACUCGGAGACCCGGCAGUACGUGCUCCGGAGGGCGGACUCCGUGAAACAGUUGGGGACCGCGGUGUUGGACUCAAGAGUGACAGCUGCGACCGCCAGCGCCCUGGACCGCGCCCUCACCACCGCCGACAAAUACGUCGACAAGUACCUACCACCGGAUCACCAAGACGCCGCGGAUGUUGUGAUCAUAGUGACCAGCGCGGAGGUAGAUGACAACGAGGAGUCCGGCAGAGCUCGUGCGGCCCAGGCCGUGCAGCACGGAGCCAGGCUCAGCCGGAAGCUGCAGAGACGUCUCACACGACAGGCCCUCGCUGAGGCAAAGGCGAUUAAAGAGCAGAUACAUGUACUCGUGUACGUCGCUGAGUUGGUGGCCACAGAUCCAGCUCUCGCCUGGAAGAAGGCAAAACAGCUGUAUUCUAAACUCUCACAACCAGAGCCAGAGAAUCAGUCGCGUCCUGAUACACUGGAACAACUGCUGGUGCUGCUGGCCAGAGAGUCCGCCCGGAAACUUGUGCACCUCGUCAACUACACUCAGGGAGAUCUACCUAAAAACAUCCGUCAAGGAUUUAAUCUCGUGACCAGACAGCUCACGGUGGCUACGAACGCUUUGAUGAAGACACUUCCUGUGGACUCCGCUAUGAGCGAGGUCCGCAGCCUCCGCUCCAGACUCCAUGAUCUCCUCCAGCAGCUCCAGGCCACAUCCAAAACUUAUUUGGAACAUUUGGCAAUACUGGUAGCUGGUAACGAAGAACGGGAGAAGAUCGCUCCACGCGGCUACGAACGUUCAGACAACCUCACAUACAAUGGUGUCAAUUGAAUUAUACGUCAUGAAAUAUAAACACUAUUAGGGCAUCUUCAUACUGAUUAUAAGUAAGCGAUAUAGAAAUUAUUUAUUUUCAUCUGUAUAAAAAAAUAUAUAAAAUAUAAUAAUCUGUUUAUGUAAUAACUAUAAAUAAAUAAAUUUAAUAUUUUGAGUAUUUUUUAGACUUUAUCAAACUAUUACGAAUGUUUAAUAAUUCAUUUCCUUUGGUUGUAGUGACGUUCACUCUAUCUGUUUUAUAUUAUCCGGCGCAAGUGAAAUGCACUUUGAUCGGUUUUUAUAUUUUAUUCUUUUUUUUUAUUUUUUAAAUCGAUUUUAUUGCAACGAUAUUGUUUUUCAGGUUUGAAAAAUAUAUUUUUUCAAAUCGACUCCUUUUCUAUAUGCUGCAUUUAAUAUGUUUAUACUUAAAUUCCUACAAAAAAAAAAACUAUAUUGCAAACUGAAAUUGUCACAGCAAGUUCAGAUUAGUUUAUUUUGAAAUAUUAAAAGUUUCCAUCUUUGCCGUUUAGAGCUACGAUGAAGUUUUUACGUAAAUACACUAAAACCUUAAAAAUAUCUAAUUUUCAGUCAUCCCUGUACAAUAAAGCACAGCUCUGUAAAAACGCUAGGUUUAUAUCUUUUUAAUUUGCGUUUGAUACCAACAUUUUAGUUUUAUGAUACUAGUAUAAAAAUACUACAAAAUCAUAAUUACCUAUAUAAUAUGAUUGUAAGACAUGGAACUUAUCUAAGAGCUUGAAAUUAUACUAUUAUUGGAAGCUUUAAGUUCCCAAAUCAUACGCUGAAACUUUAUGAAUAUAUUAAAUCUCUGCUUUCUUUAGUGAGACUUUUGACAUAUUGUAUUCACAAAACAUAAUUUAGCCUCAGCAUGAACACGAGAGCUCCCAGAAGGAAUGAAGAUCACACCGUUUUCAAAAUAUUUGUCAUGCCGUGAUUAUGUCCUAGGUAUAUAUUAUAUAAUUAUUCAGUGAUUCUUAAGUUUUACGCCUUCAAAAAUAGAAAGGAAAUAAAUUUUCAGCUUUAUAAAAUCAGUGUAAAAAUAUAUCCAUAACAUAUAUUUUUUAAUAACAAUAAAAUCUCUUUAGAUAACCUGUUGUUUUUAUUUACUGAAUCAUUGUCAGUUCAUCUGUCAGUAGGAGAUGCACUUUUUUCUUUGGUCAAGAGCUAUAAAAAUAAAUUUUUCGUUGAUGAAAUCUUAUUAUGACUGAAUUUUAAUCACAAAACAGAAGAAGAUGACAAACCAAACGCAGUUGAUGAAGGAAAUAUCCCAACGCGCGUACUAUUUAAACAUUAUUUUAGGACAAAGAUAACGAAUCUGUUGAGCGCGGUCCGGGCCAGUUAGCUGACAAAGAAUGGCGAAUACAAACAGUUAUUUGGUUGAUGGUGAUCGCUCUCUUGUUAUGGAUUUUCAGUUAUGCCCUGGUUAUGGCAAUAACGUAUCUUUACGACCAGGGGAUGCAAGUUGUCUAUGCCUACGAUUUCUUUUAUAUUGUCAAUGAGUCUAGUAUUCAUGACAAAAAUUUUAACAAUUAUGGGUGCUUUCAAUAAAAGUUUCAUUUUUAAA